ACGGAAUCGAAAUAAUUGCACAUGCUAUGCUUAACUGCAUGUAAUAGAUUCACUUGGAUACUUCUGACUGAAAAUUUCCAUUUUUUCAAGUGGAUGUUUGAUCUUGGAUGUUUUAUGGACGACAAUUUUUCUUCUGGGCCAAUUGUUGCAACUAUUACUAACGUAGUGGCGCCAGGAGUAACAUGGUAGAAAUAUUGUUACUGAUGCCAGAUGUUUUUGUGGCCGCAUGCUCCCCUUUUGCCGUGGGAUUCCAUAACGUAUCUAUAUAAACACAUACUUAUAUCCUCGGGUACCAUGUUGAAUCGUAAACGGCAUGCUAUAAACUUCCAUUUGGUCUACAAGACAUAAGGCAUAUAUCCCAUUUUAGGGUUCUAAUAGCCACUUUACUAAUGCAUGCCUUCCUGGAUAUACUUUGUGUACUGCUAGGAUAAUGCAAUGGAGCUCAGAUCAAUAGAACUGCUUGCCACUUCCAGUGGUGCGUUAGCGCUGUUUACAGUCACCAGUUAUCUUGAUUUCAAUGAUUUCCUAUGCCUUUCUGGAAUUUCCCAUCGGAUGAGGGAUGUCCUGCUAUCGCAUUAUCCCAUUUGGCGCUAUUACUACGAGAUUCGAGUUGGGGAUUACACUAAAAGCCUUGGUUUGCCGCAUCAAUCGGGGUAUAUACAUAAUGGAAAUGGACAUCCCUUUAGCAGUUCGCAUUCUACCCCUAUCGCAACAGAUUCCGCGGAGAGUUUUCCAUAUAUUACAUCGCAACUUUCCAACUAUAAAUGUGAUACCAUUUGUAUCAAGAGAAACGUUGUAUCCACGGAUUGGUUUCGCAACUUGGUUGUAUUGGCACGGUUUGCUGGCAUAGUACUCCAGGCUUCUGCGGCUUAUAAAAACCCAUUUUUAGAACUGGCUGUAAAAUCUAGUGCUGCAGUGAAGAUGAUUUCACUGCAUAAUGAGUCAAUACGGACACUGGUGUCGACUGGUAGUUUGGUACUAGCAGCCCCUGACAUAUACUCUGGUAACGAUGCACCAUUCACGAUUGUUAACAAGACUACCCUUUGUUAUUACGACUGCCAGCACAAGUAUAACAACCUAAAGAUUACACUGCCGCAACUUGACGAGACGAGGAUACAUGUGCUUUUUGCUAAGUGGAUGCGUUCCAUUGAUUGCACUCAAUGUAAGAAACUGGACUACUGUGAUGACAUACGCUAUGUUGAGGACAACACCAAUCCGAGAUUAAUGCUGAUAUAUAGAAUUGGCAAAAACGAUACUGCCGCUAGCGUAUACGAAUAUGGAGCGGAUGGCUUCUCCAAACGGCCAGUGCUUACAAGGAAGGUACCUGAUACAUCUAGUGAGAUAUCCUGCGUUGAUAGCGUCAGAUGUUCGUUUUGCGAACAGUACACAAUAUAUCUUGGAUAUUCGAAUGGCAACGUGUGUGAAAUAUACCCAGAUAACGUUAAUAAUCUAAACGUAGCUGAUGAAGGGAUUGUAUCCCUUAUGCAAUGGACUUCGAACAACCAACGCAUAUUAGCUGCAUGGCUAAGUAAUGGCAAUGUGGAAAUAUUUAGAUAUAGCAAUUGCUGGGAGCCUACAAUUUCUAUACGGGGUGUUUCCAUAUUGACGGUGAAUCCUACGACUUCAGUAAUUGGGUAUUGUAACUCAGGUCGUUGUAAAGUAAUGUUCAGGACGCUACAUAGCCCAGAUGUCGAAAUUGGUGUAUCCAGACCACCCUCGAGUAUAAUAUGUUUAUAUAGAAAAUCGCUGUGGGCUAUAGUAAUACGUAACUAUUUGAAGCUGGUUGAAGUUUGUGCGACAACUUCGGGUGUCGCUGUACGGCAUGUACGCGCAUUGAAUGGGCAUGGUUCCGAUAUAACCGGUUGUCAUUCAGACGGAUGGCACCGUUUACUGUCAAUUGACACAUCGCAUAUAUUGAUAAUGUGGGAUUUCGUACAGGGAGUUAAGCUUAUGAGCAUACCAUUGCUUCGACAAGACCCACCUGUAAAGGUCCCGCAUCAUAAACAAGAAAAAUCGCAUUCCAUCAAGGCACACAAGAAGCCAAGUGUUAAUCGUCAGGUGUCCUAUCCAUCCAUAUAUAACGCAAAGAAAAACUUCAAUGUACCGCCACAGAAGGCGAUGUUGGCUUCUGAUGACAGUGAGUCCGAUGACUUUGUGGACUCUGUGGGUUCUAUGUCCCUUCGCAAUACACGACCAAGUGACUGCAAAUACCACAUACACGCUUUGCCUCAUGCAAUAUGCAUAUUCUACUACCACACAACAUCGCUUCACUUGGUGUCAUUCAAAUAGCACCAUUCACAGCAUGAAUGCCGGAUACAACUCCUGGCGGUAUUCUAUGUAUGACACUUAGCACCAUACA